AUGGCCUCUCCCAUGGACUUGGAAAACACAGGCCACACCGGCGCUCCCCCUCCCGGGCAGGCCCAGCAACAACAACAACCAAAGGCACAAGACUCGGACCACCCCACAGCGGUCCAACCCUUCAACAAGACCAAGCAAGCCCGUCUCCCAGGCGGCAAGAACACCAAGAUCCACCGCCGGCCCAUGCACCGCGCCACCCCGGCCGCCCUCCAGAACUCGGGCGGCGCCCGGCACCCCAUCUACGUCUCCUCCCGCACGCCCUUCAUGUCCGUCGUCCGGCGCGUGCAGAGGCAGCUCGACCGCUCUUCUCCACCGACGACGACGGCGACGACAACAGCAACAACAACAAGAAGAAACCGGACGCUCCCGCAGCGCAUCCAGGCCCUGCGCUCCGCGCCACAGCAGCAGCAGCAGUCUGGCGCUGGCGGUGGCGCCUACGACGGCUUCGGGGAAGACGUGGUCAUCACGGGCACGGGCAAGGCCAUCGAGAAGACGCUCAACGUGGCCGCCUGGUUCUUCCGCCAGCCCGACUGCCGCGUGAACCUGCGCACGCGCACCGUGGCCGCCGUGGAUGACUACGUCCUUGGUGGGGACGAGGAGGAGGAGGGGGAGGAUGAGCGCGCCGCCGACGGACAGCCACGUGGCGAGCCGGAGAGCGGGAGCCGCGUGCGGAUGGUCAGCUGUCUCGAUGUGGCGGUGCGGCGGUACAGGUGA